UUUUUAAGGAGUAAAAAUUCAAUCCUUCGUUUUCUCCAAUUUUGACAGUUCUGAUAUCAAUCAAAAAUUUAUCACUAACAGUAGAAAUAUCUCAGUUUCCUUUGCCCAUGUAUUCCCCUCUUAAGCCGGAUGUUACUGUUCUUUUAACAAUGGAUCUGUCGGUAUUUAGAUUUGAAAAGGGGCUUUUAGUCCAAUACAAUCACUAUGGCAACGCGUAUUUGAUUGACAUGAGGUUACAAAGGGGAAGGCCUUGUUAUUUAUUCGAUCGAGUGGCGGCUUCCAAAUAUUUCAUCGUGAACGUAGCUUCCUAUCCUCAAAAUAAAGCCUCAUUUUCCAACACUUUGAAGUACUAUUGAAUGAGACGACGAUACUCUUUGGAGAAUAUUUACUCCUAAAGCACUUGGAGAGUUUAUUUUUGAGUUUUAUUGGUAAAAAGAGCGGGAAAAUGGCUUCUCGAAGACGUGAAUACAGUGAAGAUUCUGCUGCAAAUCUUCUUCGAUCAGUCCGACAACAGGAACACCAGUUUCAAAAACUAACACAGGAACUAGAAGAAGAAAGAAAAAGCGUAGCAUUACAGCUCCAAAGGUGCAAUUAUAACCCAGAAACUGCUAGCGUUAGUUCUAUGGGAAGUUCUACAGACGAAUCCUUUGUGUGGAGAGGACAGGGACCUGGCAGUGCAACUGACGAAAGAGAUUUUACAGAUGACGAAAGCUGCAUGAGCGGCUCUGCUUUGGUAGACUCUUGUCUGAAGGUACUCCAAGAGAGAGGAAUCAACGAUUCAAGGGACGACCAAGAUCCUUUGUACUCUAAAAAUAGUAGAAUGGAACCGACUAACGUCACAGGGCAGUCAAAUACACUCGUAAGUCCUGACUGGGAAAAAGAGUUGAUGGAUGCAGAUUUAACGCCUGGAAGCCAUGCGGGUCAAACAGUCAAGAAAGUAGUCACGAGAACCGAGGUUCGCACAGUUCGAACCGUAGAUGGCCAAAUCAUAGAAGACCAAUACGAUCCCGGCACAGAACGCAUGCGUAUUGAACGCUACGGAUAUGGUAAAACAGUUAACGGCGAUGGACCAUCAACACCUAGAAAAAGUUCUGGUUCGCAGUCGUCAGUGGAUGAUUACAGAUCACCCCGUGGGUACGGGGCACGGGGCGGAUAUUCGUCAGCAGACGAGGGAAUACGUACCCCUGCUACAAAUGGUCCAUCCGGGUAUAUGUCUGAUAGUUACGCUACGCCGUCGGCAGGUCCGCGAACCCCUUCUCAGGGUUCAGUACAAAAUGAGCCUCAAUAUGUCCGUACAGCGGUUCAAACCACAAGUAUGUCACUUCCUCGCACCCAUGCUCCGAGCCCUGGACCGCGUGGUCCUGGCACUGCUACUAUGCCUAGGACAUCAAGCUCAGGUCGACCAACCA